UAAUGUCCGUUAGACCACCAGAAAACAAAUCAUCUGAUAUACAGUUAGUGAAGACCUUGUAAAUAUAGAAGUAAAUUAAAUCAACUGUUUGUUUGUUGUAUUAUAUUUAACUUUCUUUAUGCGCUGUUUAAAAUAGGGAUGUUUCUUCUUAUCUUCCCCACAGAGCUAUGUCAUCAGUGGUAGCCUUUAGUGCGCAUAUCAUCUGUAACAAGAUUCCUGGUUUGACCGCUAUUCAAAGAAGGAUUUGUCACGUGCGUCCUGAUGCUAUAGUGGCCAUCGGGGACGGCGCUAAGCUCGGCAUCAAGGAGUGUCAACGUCAAUUUCAGUCACACAGAUGGAACUGUACGGCUAUCGGUAGUGACAGUGUCUUCGGUCACGUGGUAGUUGUUGGUAGCCGAGAAGCAGCGUACAUUUACGCCAUCAGUUCAGCAGGCGUAACGUACUCUGUUACGCAGGCAUGUAGCCGAGGAAACAUCAGCCGGUGUGGCUGUGACCGGACGAAGAAUGGGGUGAACCUGCGAGGAAACUGGAAGUGGGGAGGCUGCAGCGCCGACGUACGCUAUGGGAUGAAGCUCUCCCGCAAAUUUCUAGACGCUCGUGAAUUCGAAGGGGACGCGCGAUCGCUGAUGAAUCUUCACAACAACAAGGCUGGGAGAAAGGCCGUGAAAGUAAGCAUGUUAACACAGUGCAAGUGCCAUGGAGUUUCUGGGUCGUGCACCAUGAAGACUUGCUGGAAGACCUUGCCGUCCUUCACCGAGAUUGGAAACUUUCUGAUGAAGAAAUAUCACAAAGCUAAGAAAGUUGUAGCUUUCUGGGAUAAACUCUCGUCUUCCAAACAACCACUACGUCUCCAUCAACGAUCGAAGCGUCGCCAUCGGAAACCGCAGUCUAAAGAUUUAGUGUAUCUUCAAAGGUCACCCAAUUACUGCGAAAUGGAUUUAUCGCGUGGUUCUUUUGGAACUAUAGGGCGGCGCUGCAAUCAAACAUCUAACGACAUUGAUGGCUGCAACUUGCUAUGCUGUGGUCGAGGCUAUAAUACUCACCAGUUUACACGGACCUGGCAAUGUAACUGUAAGUUUCAUUGGUGCUGUUUUGUCCACUGUAACACUUGCAGUGAAAGAACAGAAAUCUACACGUGCAAGUAGAGGCUAAUAAAAGUGACCAAUAGGAACCGUCCAGACUGCUUUAAAAAGAAAUGUUUUAUGAAAUGUAAAUAUUUAAUAGUUCCCAAGUUUUCACCAGUGGUAAAAACAUUAUUCCAAAGGAGUGAUAAGGCCGUUUCGCUUAACAAAAAGCGCUUCCAUUAAGAUAUUUAUGAUGC